AUGUUUCCACCUUGCCUCCUGCGUUAUUUCAACGAGUCUUACAAGCUACAACAAAUCGAGGCUCCAAGCGCGUGCGCAACGACGACGACGUCAAAUCGUCCGCAGCGUCGAAAACUGGAAGUCGAGAAGCCUAUCGAUGCCCCACAAAUGGUCCAUGGCGGCGACUUACUGGAACUCAUCAACGGCCCAUUCCUACAGCGCGUUGACGAUGAAACUGUGCGAAACUGCAUUUCUCGUGUAAUAGACGCCACGGGGAACGAGGCAAUCAAAAAAGGAGUCUGUUUCGUCUGUGCUCGAAGACUUUUUCAGAAGGAACUCAUCACCUGCGAACCUGAAAAGAUCCCAAACCCUAAAUGCCUACAUCCUACUCACCCCCAUGCCUCCCAGAAAUUAUACAACGGCAUGUUACUCCACGCCCCACCGCUUCGACGCCCGCCUCCUCAUUUCAUUUGUCGUCAAUGCUGGUCAAAGUUGGCAAUAUGCAUAACCCCUCCAUUAUCUCUCGCCAACAACAUGUGGAUCGGCGAAGUGCCUUUCGAAUUGUCGAUUUUAACGCUACCAGAACGGCUUCUCGUUGGACUUUACUUCCCCGUGGCAUACAUUGUCAAACUUUUUCCAAAACGCAACCGUGAUACCAACCCCGACCACAUGAAAAGCGGCCUACGAGGCAACGUUUCAACCUACCAUUUGGAUUCUAGCGCUAUCGCCGACAUGGUGACAGGAAAUCUUAUGCCUCGGCCUAUUGGCCUAUUGGCAUCUGUGUUAUCAGUCACAUUCGUCGGGGCCAAAAACGUCCCACUCUCGUCGCUUCCCGAUCUCUUCAAAGUUCAACGCCACAGAGUUCACAACGCUCUGGUAUGGCUCAAAGCUAACAACCCCUUGUACGCCAACAUCAACAUUUCCAAAGAACGUUUACUAGAACUACCCGAAAAUGACGUUCCUGAAGAACUCACGACAACUGUGAGGUGUUCUGAAGACCCAUCCAUCCCUCUUCGCGAACACGCGGGUUAUGCUCCCAUGGAUGCUUCCGACGACGUAGAUGACAAUGUGGCGGAAGCCGAAGAACGGGACUUUCAACAAAGAACAGACUUAUUGCCAGUUGACGCUUUACGUGACGAUGGCGCGGUUGAAACAGAGGAGUGCCCACCGGCCGUUUUCCCGUUGCAAUCUCACGGAGCUAUCGACAUUUCUGGUGACGCCGUCACAGACCAAGAUCUGUUCCGAGAGGCCACGCGUAACUUCGCGCCCUCAUCAAAUGCCAAGGAUUAUGCAGUUCGUCCCGGAAGCACUUUUGUAAACGAAUACCCACGAGAAGACGCUGGCCAAAGAACGGACGGCGGUCCUUCGAACGCUAAUCACCUUUUGGGUACUUUCCCCCUGCUGUUCCCCUACGGUCUAGGAGGCCUAGAAGUAGAUCGACGAACUAAAGUAUCCUACGAAGAGCAUGUCCGAUGGGCGCUUCAAUACGAUGACGGUCGUUUUCGAAGGGACCUGUAUUUCAUGUUCCAAGUUUUUGGUGUGCAAAUCAAACGCCAAAUUUGCCGAUCAGCCUGUUUACAGCUUGAUUUCAACACCUUUUUUCAAAAUAGGGAAGCUUUUCAGCGACUGACUCCUGCGGAUUUCCUCGUGGCAAGUAAAGAGGAGGAAAGCAAAAAAACCAUCAGUAACCCGGUGAUUCGCGCCUUUCGGAAACAAAUCACUGCUGUCCGUGCAAGAGUGAUGGGCACAGAUGAAAAUCGUGUUGCUAUUCGUGCGCAAGUGUGGGUUAUUCUUGAAGAGUUGUUCGGUAUCAAAGUCAACACUCUUGGUACUAUUCAACGCUCUUGUGGUGUCAUAGGCUAUGUGAACGGAUACAUUGGCACUGUAGAAGCCCAAGCAAGAGGAUCCCUACAUUUACACCUUCUCCUUUGGCUUCGAGGAGCUCCCACUGCAAUCGUCAUGCGCAACGCCUUGCUAUCCGAAUCAUUUCGCGUGAAGAUGGCCAACUUCAUCGCGAAAAAUAUCCGUGCACACAUCCCCAACACAACUGGCGAAACGCUGUUGUCCCUACCUGUAAAACCCAGCAUUUCUUUCUCAAGACCGGUAGACCCGCGUACCGUAGGCUAUGAGACUCGGUCAGCGGAGGCUGAAUCACGCAUUGCUCGUGCUGUUCAAACUCAUGACUGCGAUGUCAAUAGAUGUCUCAAAGUCAAAAAUGGACGUCUAGUUUGCAAGAGGAGAGCUCCUUGGCGCACGGCUGACAACGACUGGGUUACUGAAACAGGAGAUUGGGGACCAAAACGACUUUAUGCCAAAAUCAACGCCUGGAACCCUCCGUUGCUCCAAGUCACGCGCGCCAAUAACGACUUCAAGUUGAUUACCAACGGAGCAGAAACAAAAGAUAUCACUUUUUAUAUCACGCUUUACAUCGCAAAACGCCAGAUCCAAACCGCCAAUGCCUCUGCGUUGAUGGCUAAAGCCCUCGAGUUUCAAGAAAAGCUAUCCGCACGACAGAAGCGUAAUCUGGACAAAAACAAACGCCUUCUACAGUCUUGCUCCAACGUUCUUACUCGCCAACAAGAAUUCAGCGGCCCCGAGGUGGUCAGCUACCUGAUGGGCUGGGGAGAUCGAUUCAUCUCUCGCACACCUAUGUCACAAUCUACUGGGAUCGAAUAA